CUGAUUACAGGUAACAACACAACAACACAACAACAGAUUGUUUAAAACAAUCGAUGCGCAGCAAUUUUGAGUAAUUCAAAAUUAUAAGGAACAUGUUUUUUGAAAUUUUAAAUUCUCCGAAAAAGGAAUGUCCGAGUCUGAAAGGAGUUUAUGUUUUUGAAUUGUACCUUGGAGUUUCAGAAUCCCAAUGAUAAUGUCAACUCGCUUAUUCCUCUGUUACGAAAUGGGAAUAUGAUUAUUAUUAUUUCAAAAGAAACAAACACCUUCCAAUUAUUUCAAACGCUCCUCUUUUUCAGAGCUACAUAAAGCAUUUAAUUCCCUUCAAAAUUCAGCUACCCAAAGGGAGAGGUCAAACCAAAUCUCUACACCGACUCUUGUAAAAACUUUCCUACUAUUUUUCAAAUUACUUUAUUUUUGGAUUGAAAAUCCAAUUAUUAGGAUCCCCAAUACACACUGUAUCCAGCUUAUUUUUCUGGGUUGCUUCUCUGUUUUAAGAUGUGUUGAAUCUUGAGUUCCAGAAGGGCUUUUCAAUUGUAUAAUCAUAAGGUACAUGAAAUUCAAAUGGAUAAACCCUAAAUUCAAUGAUUAGAUGGAAACCACACAAGUCAAAUGAAGGAGCUUUAAAAUAAUCAGAAACCCACCUCAUUUUAGGGCCAAUUACUUCCCAUUAAUUUAGGUGAUUAGUGGAUUGAAGGUCAAGUUUCCUUUUGUGUUUCUGAUGGAAUGGAGUAAGAUUGCACAAGCUGAGCUGUCCAAGUUUCACAUGGAUUAGCUUUAUUUAUAUAGCUCAAUUACCAAGGGCUUUAUCUUCUUCUCUUACUUCAUUAAUUCAUGUGGGAUCUGUGUUUUGUGUUUUCUUUUUAAUAAUUGGUGUUAAUGGCUAUCCAACAGGAUCAAUCUGAAGCAAUCUUAGAGAAUGUUUGGGCAAACUUUAUUGGUGAAAAGGGAUUGGAUGGACAUGGAGGAACAAAAAGUGUUUCAGGAUUAAACAAAUCUUGGACAGAGCUACCAAAUCUUUGUUAUAGAGAUGGAUCCAUGGAGGUUCUUGAAAGGCUACCAAGUCUUGGAAGAUGGGUAUCCAUGGGAGCUGAAGCAUGGGAGGAGCUUCUUGAUGGGAUUGUUCCUGUUAGUAAUACAGAGCAAUCUGUUCAUGAGGAUUUGGAGAACACCCCAAUUAGUCAUUCUGGUUUCAAUGUUGAUACCCGACGAUCGGAGAAGAAGGCAGUGGCGACAAAGCACUACCGUGGUGUGAGGAGACGGCCGUGGGGGAAAUAUGCAGCGGAAAUUCGAGAUUCGUCGAGGAAAGGCACUCGGGUUUGGCUGGGGACUUUCAACACAGCUGAGGAAGCUGCAUUGGCUUAUGAUAAAGCUGCACUGAGAAUUAGAGGUUCAAAGGCACAUCUCAAUUUCCCUAUUGAGACUGUUACUGAGGCUAUGGGAAUGCAUUUAUCAACAAAGAAUGAUCAUUUGGAUAAUCUCAUGCCUUCUUUAUUUCAAGGGCAUGACUCUAGCAGCCAUGGAAGCUUUUUGCUCACGGGGAAGCGAUCGACACGGGAAUGGGAAGACAAUUUCGAUUUCGACAUCAUGGAAUUCGAACAGCCAACAUUGAAGAGAAAGACCAGCAUCAACAACAUAUUCUAUAACGAUUUCGACGUGUUCGAGUUUCAAGACCUGGGAAGUGAUUAUUUAGACAACUUGUUGUCUUCUUUAUGAUAUAAUCUUGUCCAGAAACUCCCUC